CAACCAAUCACUGCGUAAGAUGGAAGUCACGUGUGGCUUCCCUUACUUCAGCCGUGUCUUAGCCGAAAAUACGACGUGAAAACUAUGGGCCGUCUGGAUGGGAAAGUGAUUGUACUGUCUGCUGCCGCACAGGGGAUUGGACGUGCUGCAGCAAUAGCAUUUGCAAAGGAGGGAGCUCAGGUCAUAGCGACGGACAUAAAUGGAGAGAAGCUGAAUGAGCUGGAAGCCUUUGAAGGAAUCAGGACUAAAGUGGUGGAUGUGACUAAGAAGGACCAAGUGGAAGCCCUGGCGAAGGAACAUGAUCACGUCGAUGUGCUGUUUAAUGUUGCAGGGUUUGUGCACCACGGCACCAUCUUGGACUGCGAAGAAGCUGAGUGGGACUUCACCAUGAACGUGAAUGUGCGGAGCAUGUAUCUCAUGUGCAAGGCUUUCCUGCCUAAGAUGUUGGAAAAAAAGUCUGGGAACAUUAUUAACAUGGCUUCUGUUGCUUCAAGCAUAAAAGGUGUUGUUAACCGCUGCGUCUACAGUACCUCCAAAGCUGCUGUGAUUGGCCUUACCAAAUCCAUAGCUGCAGAUUACAUUGAGAAAGGCAUUCGCUGCAACUGCGUUUGUCCGGGAACUGUUGAUACGCCAUCCUUAAGGGCUAGGAUCCAGGCCCAGCCUGACCCAGAACAAGCUUACAAGGAUUUUAUGGCCCGACAGAAAACAGGCAGAAUGUGCACUGCUGAAGAGGUGGCGCACCUCUGCGUAUACCUGGCCUCAGAUGAGUCAGCCUAUGUCACUGGAACGGAACAAAUCAUCGAUGGAGGAUGGAGGCUGUGAAGAACUUGUGAUAUUGUCAUUAUAAUAAUCCAGUAAAUUAAGGAAAGCUUAAAAUUAAGUCUUGAUUAUUAGAAAGAUUAUUUUUAUUGUUCAUGCUUUUUCCCUUCUUUCUCUGUUAAACCAGCAUUGCAAAUGUAACAUCAUGUCAAAAGAUAACAAAUGCAAUGUGCUUUGCAAACUCAUGCUCAUGCAGUACUCAUGCUUCUUAAAGUUGUUUUUUUUCCUUUUUGAGGCUUUUCAAUUGCAGAGUCCAAUAAAUCUUAUGUGACAGAUCAACACAAAGUAGUUCAUAAUUGUGUAAUAGAAUAAGGAUACACGGUUUCCAGACUUUUUUUGUUUUACAAAUAAAAAUCUGAAAAUGU